AAACUACUACGAAGAAGUUUUCUUCAACCUAAAUUUAAAUUUGUUUACCAAACCUUAGCUUAAAUAUAUCAGUACAUAUGACAUUUCUUAGAAAACUGAUGAAACACUCGUUAUCUUUCGGCACAUUAUCACACUUUAAAUAUCAAGGUUUUUUCUUAAUUAAGCGCAUACAACACACCAUGGAGACUCUGUUAUAUCAACACAAGAACACAAAACUGACAGCAAGCGACGAAAAAUCAUAUGAUGAAACCAUCAAAACUUUGAAUUCGUUACAGAGCAAAAAGAAAAUUCAAGCACAGGCAACCAAUAAAAAGGAUAAAUUAGUUUUCAUUCGGCUGUGUCUUGAGAAUGUUGGUUUAACAUUAAAAGAAUUGGACAAUUUGUCUGUGAUCCAUGUUGCUGGUACUAAAGGAAAGGGAUCAACUUGUUUCUACACUGAAUGUAUUCUUAGAAAUAAAGGUCAGAAAACAGGAUUUUUCAGUUCUCCACACCUGAUUGAAGUUCGUGAAAGAAUCCGUAUUAAUGGAGUUCCUCUAUCAAAAGGGGAUUUCACAAAAUAUUUUUGGAUUUGCUAUAACCUGUUAUUGAAGAAAAAUGAACAAAUGCCAUCAUAUUUUCAAUUGCUAACAGUUAUGGCUUUUUAUGUCUUCCACAAAGAAGCUGUUAGUGUGGCAGUCAUUGAAGUUGGCCUUGGUGGUCUUUAUGAUUGUACUAACAUUGUUGAAAACCCAGUAGUAUGUGGAAUUACACAUCUAGGUAUUGACCACGUAAAUGUACUUGGUAAUACUUUGGAGAGCAUUGCAGCACAUAAAGCUGGUAUUUUCAAGCCAGGUUCCAUUGCUGUUACUGUUCCUCAGAAGGAAGAUGCCAUGAAAAUUUUGAAGCAGACUGCUACAAAUAAGAACUGUAGUUUGUAUUUAAGCCCACCAUUUUCAUCUUAUGAGAUAUUCAAAGAGAACCCUGUAUUUUGCAAUAAAGAACCACUUGAGCUUGAAAAUAUGACAUUAGCCGUUCAGUUAUCCAGGAUUUGGAUGGACCGUAGGAAAAGAGACACAACUUCUGAAGUUGCAUUGGCAGAAUCUGUAGACAGUGAAGAAGCCAUUCCUUUUCUUCAUCCUGUUGUUGAAGAUGUUGAUAGAGUAAUUGAAGCUCUCACAUCAAACCAAUGGUUGGGACGUGUUCAGAUUGUGAAAAGACACAACAUAACAUAUUACCUUGAUGGUGCACACACUGAAGAGAGUAUAAUGUUGUGUUGCGAAUGGUUUAAGAAAAGAUCUGCUGAAGAGAUAAGAUCUUUAUCUGAUAACCAAAAAGUGGUGAAAAUUUUGAUGUUUAAUAUCACUGGAGCACGUAACUCUCUUGAUUUACUGAAUCAUCUAAAGGAGUGUAACUUUGAUUUGGCUGUCUUUACUCCCAAUAUAUGCUACAGUGAGGAAGUUAUAACUGAUCAAUUAAAGCAUGCUGUUACUACACAGGAUGCCAACAAAGUUUGCCAGACAAAUGAAAAUUUCUGGAGAAAUCUUUGGUGUAACAAAAGCUGUGGAGACAAAGACAAAUUUCUUAAUAAUAAUAAAUAUAAUGAACCUAAUCAACAACCAAAUUCAGAUGUCUUAGCAGAAUCUGAAACGCAUGUUUUUGAAAGUAUUCAUGACUGCAUAUAUUGGUGUAGCCAAAGCAAGGAUAAAGCUUUAAAUAAACGUCUCUCUAUUCAACCAUCAAUGCCAUCAAUACUGGAAGAAGCUGACCAUGUCCAAAUCUUAGUAACUGGUAGCCUUUAUUUAGUAGGAGGUGUUCUUACAAUAUUUAGAGACUCAAUAUAAAUCUUGUUCCCUUAAAGCAAAUAAUAUGGAUGCCUUAUCUUGAGAACAUUCCUGAAAGACAGAUGCAGAGGUGUGGAUAUGGAAACAGUGUGUUGAAUAUUACAAGACACAAUUGAAUAUGACUGUGCCAUUAAUUUGCACUCUGCAAUAUAUAUGAAAUGACAUAGAACAUUUAAGAUGUUGUAGAAGUGCAUUACUUGUAGAAAAUAUUUAUUAGCCAUUUUAGGAAUGCACAAAGAUUGUCAACUUCACUUAGACAUUUAUUAUUUUAGUACAGCUUGCACAAUAAAUGUUUUGAUAUUAAAUAACAAAUAAUAAAUGUUUAAGUGAAUUUAACUGUCUUACUGUAUUUUAAAAACAGCUAACAGGUCUUCUAUGCUGCAAUCAUUUUAGCACACUGUCCAAGACCAAAUCCUUUGCCUGGCCAGUAUGCCGCCGAAAUGUAGAAAAUAUAGAAUUAAAUUCUUUUUAAAACUAUUGUGGUGGUGCUAUAUAGCAUGGUCAGAGUAGAAUGGUUGGAACCAUGAAAAGAAUAAGUGGUUAUUUUC